UGGCUGCUCACAGCCGCUGGCUUUGCCUUAGUGGUUCCUGCUCUCCGCUCCUUCUCUGUUGUCCUUUGGGCUUAUCCUCCUCCUAGAUCUGCCUGCCCUCCCACGUCUUCCCCCAGCCAUGGUCCUGGAGCUCUACUUGGACCUGGUGUCCCAGCCCUGCCGCGCCGUCUACAUUUUCGCCAAGAAGAACAGCAUCCCCUUCGAGAUGCGCACUGUGGAGCUGCUCAAAGGUCAGCAUUACAGUGAUGCCUUUGCCCAGGUGAACCCCCUGAAGAAGGUGCCAGCAUUGAAGGAUGGAGACUUCACGUUGGCUGAGAGUGUGGCCAUCUUGUUGUACCUGAGCCGUAAGUACAAAGCCCCUGACCACUGGUACCCCCAGGAUCUGCAGGCCCGCGCCCGCGUGGAUGAGUACCUGUCAUGGCAGCACACGGCCCUGCGCAGUAGCUGUACCCGGGCUAUGUGGCAGAAGAUGAUGUUUCCUGUCUUCCUGGGUGAGCCAGUGCCCCCUGAGACCCUGGCAGCCACUUUGGCUGAGUUGGACAGGUGCCUGCAGUUGCUUGAGGACAAAUUCCUGCGAGAUCAGGCCUUCCUCACUGGGCCCCAUAUCUCCCUGGCUGACUUGGUGGCCAUCACAGAGCUGAUGCAUCCUGUUAGUGCUGGCUGCCGAGUCUUUGAAAGCCGACCCAAGCUGUCCGCGUGGCACCAGCGUGUGGUGGCUGCAGUGGGCGAGGACCUCUUCUGGGAGGCCAAUGCAGAGAUCCUGAAGCUCAAAGACCUGCCUCCAGCAGACCUUGCCACAAAGGAGAAGCUGCGACCCUCGGUGCAGGCUUUGUUGCAGUGAGCAUCUCUGGCUGAACGUGGCAGCUGCCUGUCUCCUUGGCUGCAAGAACUUCAGGUCUGAGCAGGCUCUGGUCCAUAGGACCCUCCAGACAUCAUGUCUGUGGCCUUUUGCUCCCUAUCCCACUUUUACCCUUCCAUUCCAGCUUCCACAUGACCUCUGGAAAACACUUUAGUAAACAUUUAUUGGACCUGGA